AUAAAUUGAACUGAAUCAUUAGUUUAUCGCUAUCAGUGUGAACAACAGUCAUUUGAAAAUGGCACCGAAAACAAGUGAAAAAGCUGCGAAAAAGUCCGGCAAGGCUCAGAAGAGCGUCGUCAAGGGAGAUAAGAAAAAGAAGGUACGCCGCAAGGAAAGCUACGCCAUCUAUAUUUACAAGGUGCUGAAACAGGUCCACCCGGACACCGGAGUUUCAUCGAAGGCCAUGAGCAUCAUGAACAGCUUCGUCAACGACAUCUUCGAGCGGAUCGCUGCUGAGGCUUCCCGUUUGGCUCAUUACAACAAGCGUUCGACGAUAACGUCUCGUGAAAUUCAAACCGCUGUUCGUUUGCUGUUGCCGGGAGAAUUGGCCAAGCAUGCCGUCUCCGAGGGUACCAAGGCCGUCACCAAGUACACCAGCUCAAAGUAAAUCCACCCCUUCGAAUAUCGGACAACAUCUAUCAAAACAAACGGCCCUUUUUAGG